CUCGAGAGAGUCUCUUGGGAGGCUGGAUUAGCCACAAGUUGUGGUGAACCAGGGUAAAAUUCGGUGUGCCUCUUACUCUUCUCUUUACUUCUCUUUUAAAUUUUUAAUUCCUGCGAUUUCUACGACAAACGCUAUUCACCCCCCCCUCUAGCGUUGGUCUUUUAUUCUAACAAUUGGUAUCAGAGCCUAACUCGCGUCCAAACUUAACCGUUUGAGAGUAAGCGAUCAUGGGUUCUUCUUCUAGAAAUCUCUAUGCAGGAAUUGGAGAAGGUCAGUCUACGUCUAGGCCACCACUCUUUGAUGGCACCAACUAUUCCUAUUGGAAGGAACGUAUGAGAAUCUACAUCCAUUCCACCAACUUCCAAUUAUGGUUGGUAAUCAAAAAUGGAGAACAAAUUCCAAUGAAGAAAGUAGGAGAAACCACGGUUCCAAAGACCGAGGACGAAUUUGAUGCCGAGGACAUCAAAAAGGUGGAGAACUACGCCAAGGCUAUCAAUAUGCUGUAUUGUGCCGUCAAUCCUGAUGAUUAUCGUAAGAUUUCUUGCUGCACCACUGCCAAAGAAAUGUGGGACAAGCUAGAGGUCACAUAUGAAGGUACGGACCAAGUUCGGGAAGCCAAAAUUGACUUCCUAACGCAGGAGUACGGAAUGUUCAGGAUGAAGGAAGGAGAAAAGAUCGAUGACAUGUUCGAUCGGUUUUCAAAAAUCAUCAACGACCUUCACGCUCUCAAGAAGACGUACACCAACAAGGAUCUUGUGAGGAAAAUCCUGCGAAGCCUCACACCCGAAUGGAGAUCAAAGGCAGACGCAAUCUAUGAAUCCAUCGGAGUCUCAAAUGUCACCAUCGACGGGCUAAGAGGUUUUGAUAAUGCCAAACCGCCGUGAUCAAGUCAAACUUUGAAUAUACAAGGCGAAGAAGGAAGACAAGAACAAGAGCUAAAAGAAGACCAAGAACGAAGACCUUAGUCUUAGUGUCGUUGAGUCGGUCUUCAUUGUGAUCAAGACCGACCCAAUCUUUACACCUUGGCUCUUUAGGCUAAAAACCUUCAUUGCACUUCUUAAAUCAUAAAAAUGUUUUUCAAACAUGUUUAAGUCAUUAAAAACACUUGGUGUUC